AGUCAUAUAUUAUUUAUGCUAUGUUAGUUGUUCCAAGUUAGUAACGCUCACAACAGUACUAAAAGCUUGUAGUUUCUUCUCCGUUAGCAUUGUAUAUACUUUAUUUUAGAAAUAUUUCUCCAUUUGAAUAUCAUAAAAAAUGGCGGGGAAAAUUAGCUUCACAAAUCCGAAACACGGCUCCCAGGUUUUCUCAAUGUUUGCUGAGAUGCGAGACCUGGACGAACUUUGUGAUAUAAAAGUCGAAACAAGCGUGGACGAAAUUUCAGCGCAUCGUGUGGUUCUCUCAGCUUGUAGUCCUUAUUUUAGAGAUGCUCUCAAGGAUAUUGAUGCAGAAGACGAGAACUGUGUUAUACCCGAGGAAUACGAUUCUAAAGUGAUUGCUGCAAUCAUAAAUUACUUUUACACUGGAAGACUUGAGUUCGAGGAGAAUCUUUUACUAGAGAUGCUUACGACUGCUGUUUUCUUUCAGGCUCAAGAUAUUGUGGACAGGCUCGAGGAUCGUGUAGUGAGGCAUUUGUCCGUAGAAAACUGUCUCGAGUAUUAUUCAAAAGCGGAGGAAUACGAGAUGAAAGAUUUGCAGAAAACCAUCGUACGUUACAUUAGCUGGCACUUCACGGACGUGGCAGCACUUGAUGCAUGGCUUGAAUUAACUGCUUCAAAAAUUGCCCUGUUAGUGUGUAACGAUGUCUUGAACAUCGAGAAGGAAGAAGAUGUGUACGAAGCUUUAUGGAAAUGGUUCAAACAUGACGAAAACGAGCGAAAGUCCAAAUGCCAAGAAUUAUUUAGUCACGUCCGAUUCUUUCAGCUUGAUCCAAAAUUCAUCACUGAUCGUGUUAUACAAGACUUGGCCAAAGGUAUUGAGGUUUGCAAAGACGAAAUAAAACAAGCGAUCAUUUAUCAAAGUUCUGACAAGAAGAAACGGCAAACAAUGGACACGAAACUCAACCACAGAUAUCCAAGCAAGAUAAUAUAUAUGUUCGACAGCAAAGCAAGUGUUGUUGAGAAGUAUGAUCCGAUAACAGUGGACUGUGUUCAAGAAAGACGCAUCAUGGACGGACGAGAGAUAUCUUCUGAUCAAGGAUAUAAAGCAGCCAUUGUUGUUAACAACGAUCUUUAUGUCGUCUCCUCCAGUAAAGUCGAGAAAUUUAACAACUUGGCUUUGUCUUGGGAAAAGUUAGCGAAAGGAGUCAACAUCCGGGAGUCAGCAGUAUGCGCUGACGAAGAUUGCUUCUACGUGGUUGGUGGACGAGAUCAACCAGCAGCUGUCAAAUGUUUCAAUGUGAUGACAAUGACUUGGAGUCAACUUCCUGAUAUGCCUGAAGGAAGACGAUCUGCUGGCGCUGUUGCUUGCAAUGGUCGUGUUUUUGUCAUGGGUGGAUAUGGCGUUGAUGAGCCCUUGGCCACCACCCUCCGUUUCUCCACUCGAUCCAACAAAUGGAAGAUGCUUGCAAAAAAGAUGAACGCCACCAGAUUUGGCCACAAAGCACUCAUCAUUCGCAACCAAAUUUUUGUCAUCGGGGGCCGAAACAACUCUGGGACGUUCAAAAGUAUCGAAACGUUCGACAUGGACAGUGAUAAAGAGGAAUGGAUGGAGUUUCAACACGAUAUGAUGCGACCACGGAAUGAGUUUGGAGCGGUGUUCUUCAACGGCCAACUUUGGUGCAUGGGUGGUAGGGGGGAGAACAGCAUUGAGAAGUUUGAUUUUGGUACCAACACGUGGGAAUUGGUUGGGAAGUUGGGUAACGUGAGAUAUGGAAUGUCCUGUGUCCUUUAUUCGUUGUUUUAGGAGACGAAAAACGUAUAGAUGCUUUUGAUCCAGUGUCGUACGAUGUACUAGGACUGAGCAACGCUGAAUUUUUGCGUAUAUCUUAUAUAACAUAUGAGGUGAUUUCUAUCGUCCAUAAUUAGAGGUGUGUGGUGGUAUCAUAAACCUAAUUCCUAGGUGGUUGUUUAUCUCCCUUAACUGUAUGGUCUUCUAGAAGGUGUUGAUUCUUGUAUUGUUUGCUAACUAUCACAGAGCUCGUAACUUAAAAACUGAAAUGUUUGUAAAAAAUUAUCAUAUAAAUGACAGGCGAUAUUGCGUGAUGCAUUGCUAAGUUGGUAAAAUUAACGAGUUGAUUCAUUUCUGAAUUCUUGAGCUUUAUAUUUACGAACGUGCAAAGGAUCUAAUAAAGAUAUUCACUGGCGGUAAUUUUAUUUCUUCCACACAGCCCCUGACAAUGUCCGUUGCACUCGUACUAGCCUCAGUCCUCAUCUUAUUGCACGCACAGUUUGCUAGCACUCGUUCACAGUCCUAAACCGGGCCAAAGCCAGUGAAAACCUCCAGUGCAAUGACGUGACUCCCAGAGAUAGAGUUAUCGAUAAAGCUGUGUCAAGAUUUGAAUGAAUUGCGUAAAUUGACCAAAGCAAAAACAAUGCACUUUCACAAACUCAAACAAGCAUAUCACCGAAUG